CCCCAGAUCCGCGACUGGGCAUACGCUCUCUACGAGAUCUGGGGCAGGUUGGCGAGGCAGCUGUCGCCCGAGGUGUCCCAGAACCCCGAGCUGUACACGAUGCUACCGGUGCCUAACCCCUUUGUCGUGCCUGGCGCGCGCUUCAGGGAGAUCUACUACUGGGACUCGUUCUGGGUGCUCAAGGGCCUCAUCGCCUCCAAUCUCACCACCCUGGCUCAGGCACGAGAUGCAUGCUGCCAGCUGCCAGGAUCCUGUCCCCAAGCAGCCUCUCCAUUGUCUUGCAUCAGAACAUACUACUUGAACAGGUCACAACCCCCUCUGUUCAGCGAGAUGGUCCGAAUUGUGUGGGAAGCCACCGGCAACAGAGCCCUGCUCAGCGACGCGAUGCCGGCCCUACUGCGAGAGCAUGCCUUUUGGACAUCCCCCCCAAAGCAGGCCAGACCCUGCUGCCUGCCAGGCUGCACCACCCGGCCUUGCAUCCUUCAUUCCAGCCAUGCAACACUGCUCUUGCUGCCUCUGCAGGUCGUGGCCGUGGCUGGUGAUGGCAAGCAGUACAACGUGUCCCGCUACUUUGCGAACUGGCAGCAGCCCCGCCCGGAGAGCUACAUCUGCCUGCGUCUCCGCCUGUCGUGCACUGCUCGACCACAUGAGAAGGCGGAAACAUGGCCACAACUCUACUCCAAUCCUUGUCCCGCAGGAUGGGACUUCUCCACCCGCUGGUUCCGAGAUGGCAGAAGUUUGGCCACCGUGCGUACCACAAGCAUUCUCCCAGCGGACCUGAAUGGCUUCCUCCUGCAGAUGGAAGCCAACAUUGCCGACUUCGCUGCUGAGCUGGGGUGCAGCGAGGUGGAGCAGCAGUUCCGUCAGCUGGCAAUGGACAGACGCGAUGCACUGAACACCCUGUUCUGGAACAACAGCACCGCCCAGUGGCACGACCUGAUCUGCAACCCACAGCAGGGCGAAGGCACCGCUGCCGGGACGUCUGCUCCCACGGGGCAGGCAAUCUUUGCGUCAAAUUUUAUACCGCUGUUUGCUGGUGCUGCCGGCCCUGGCAGCGAGCAGGCAAGCGGCCGCAGCUGGGCUCUCAAUGCAUCUGGCCUGAUCGGGGUUGGGGGCGUUGCCGUGUCGCUGACAGAGUCGGGGCAACAGUGGGACUGGCCCAACGUGUGGCCACCUAUAACCUCCAUGCUGAUAGAUGGGGCAGACAAGUUUGGCGGGGAGUUGGGAGCUGUCUUAUCGCGCCAGUUGACUGCCAGCUACCUGGGGACCGUCUUGGCUACUUGGGAGGACACUGGGCGCAUGUUUGAAAAGUUUAAUGUGGAAACUUUAGGUGUUCCUGGAGGUGGCGGCGAGUAUGAAGUUGUCGAUGGUUUUGGGUGGACUAAUGGUGUGGUAUUGGAUCUUCUUAACCGCUUUGGUGGGGAGUGA